GGCAUUAGAGUUGACGAAAAUACUAUUUCAUAUAUUUUGAAAACAAGAGAAGAACGUCUUAAUUCUGAAGUUAUCAACCCUGAUGCAAAGCGUCAUAGAGCUGUAAACUAUCCAGAACUUGACCUUGCCCUUAGAGAAUUUUUACUUGCUGAAGGUCUGGAAAUUCCUCAAGAGGCAUUGCAGUUUUCCAAUGGUUGGCUCGAGAAAUUUAAAGAUCAAAAUAGAAUUCGUCAACGUCAUUUGGAAAGAGAAGCUGAAUCUGCUGAUGAAAUAGCUAUUAGCAAUACUUUACCAAUGCUCAAAGACAAAUGCUCAAACUAUCCUGUAGAAAGAAUAUAUAAUAUGGAUGAAACUGGACUUUUUUAUCGAUUGGAACCUGAUAGAACAUUGGCGACUAGGCGUCUUUCUGGGCGUAAAAUGAGUAAAGAGCGUCUCUCAAUUGCGUUGUGCAUGAAUGCUGAUGGUUCACACAAAUUGGUCCCUUUUGUUAUUGGAAAAUAUGCAAAACCAUGUUGUUUUAAAAACAUAAAUAUUAAAAAUUUGGCAGUUAAAUAUAGGAAUAGUGCUAGGGCAUGGAUGAUCACUAGCUUAUUUCAGGAUUGGCUUAAAGAUUUCGAUUUUCAAAUGGGUAUAAAACAUCAAGGCGAACGUGUAUUGCUUAUUCCUGAUAAUU